AGAGAGAGAGAGAGAGAGAGGGGAACAGGGGAAGUGUGCAAAAGUAAAAAGGAGGUUUCCAUGUGAGGGGAGAGGGUGAGACACUUGUGAAUGGAUAGAUACUAAAGAAAGCAAUCUCUCUCUUUCUCUCUCUCUCUCUCUCUCUCUGUGUCUUGGCCGGUGGCAAGCUAGUGCAGAGGAGACAUGGCGAGAAUAGGGGGGGAAAGGAUGUGAGAGCCUGAAGGAAGUACGAAUGAUCUAUCAAAGUGCUCUGUAUCUUGUUGCUGUUCGCCUCCAUAUAUGCUCGUGCAGGUAGGAUGAAGCAACGAGAUACAGAGCUCUCGAGACCAGCUUAAUCAAGCUUGUUGGGUAAAAAGCCCAUUUCUUUUGUGGAGCAAUUUGGGAUUUAAAGUACUCUGGAGAAUGAGCGCUGUGGGUAUGAAAUCUAUGCAUAGCGAGGUAGCGAAGUUGGAUUUUCGAAAGGGUCGCGGAAUCCCUGACAUGGAAACCUUGUCACCUGAUACUGCAGACAUGUACCUUUCUCUUGGUCUCAGAGAACAGGGCAAAAAAAUAUUGGGCUGUCCUCGGGUUUUGAUGCUCCUUUCUUCAGCACUUGAUAGAUCUGUCCAGAAGAAUGAGAGGCUUCUGGAGACAUCACAUUCUAAAGAUGUAAUCACCAUUUUCCACGGCGUAAGACCGCCCGCUCUGACCAUUCGCCAAUACAUUGAACGCAUCUUCAAGUAUUCGGCUUGCAGUCCAUCCUGUUUCGUCAUUGCUCAGAUUUACAUGGAUAGAUUCGUCCAGAACACGGAUGUUCUCUUGACUUCUUUAAACGUUCAUCGCCUUCUUAUAACAAGUCUCACUGUAGCAGCGAAAUUUGUCGAUGAUGCGUUCUUUAACAAUGCGUACUACGCCAAGGUUGGCGGAGUGAGCACGUCGGAGCUGAACCGGCUGGAGAUGAAGUUCCUGUUCAACAUAGAUUUUCGAUUACAUGUAAGCAUCGACACGUUCCAGCGAUACUGCCUGCUGUUGGAGAAGGAAGUGUCGGAAGGACUGCAAAUUGAGCGGUCGAUUCAGUCCUGCAGGAUCACAGAAAGCUGGUCUAACAAGGAAGAUUCCACCUGGUACUCCCACAGUUGCUAGUAGAUGAUCUUGAAGGUAGAAAGAUAUUGUAUUUGUCAAUUGUAAGGUAAAAAAGAGGGGAUAGUUUUUUAUUGAAUUAUUUGUUGAAAUUGAAACCUGCAUUGGAUGAUGAUUUUUAUGGUGAAAGCAAACUUUGCUUUCCCUAUGGCAGUAUAUUGUGGAUUCAUUUUCCUUUU